UCCUAUAAUUGAGCUACAUAUAUUUAUAAUGAUAAAAGGCAAUUUUAUAGUAGUACAAGGUAAAAGCUAAGGCUAAUAAAGUUCUUCACUCAUCUUGAAACUUUGAGUAUUGACUAGAGAGUAAGUGAGUGAGACAGAGAUGAAAUUCUUGUUUCAGUGUCCUUGUUGUUCUUGUUUCUGCUUUGUGAAGCCGAAAAAAGGGGCACCAAAGGUGAAAGAAGCUAAAGAAACUAAACCGAAGGAGAAAGAAGCUAAACCAAAGGAGAAAGAGGCUAAGCCGGUGGAGAAAGAAGCCAAGGAUGAGAAGAAGACAGAGUGAAUAUCGGGCGCAAACCGAAGUUUUGCUUUCAUUUUGUCUGCAUUUUCUUGAAAUAUGAUUGGAAGUUGCAGUAUUUUCAAAGCUAAUGCAGUAAUUCGGUUUUAUAUAGUAAAAUAAGUGUCUUGAAUUUCUCAUUAUCGUAGCUGUCAAUGGAUUGUAUGUAUAAUUGACAUAUGAUCCACUUUCAUUUAGCAGGUUUUAUAUUAUAUGCCCUAUAUAUAAUAUCACUCUAUGUUUAUCCC